CUCGAAACUCGCUAACUGGGUCAAUCCUUCAAAAAUCGUCCGUGGCUCCGCGGUAAAACGAGCAGCGUACGAAUCAAUUCGGGAUUCGGAGCAGUCGAGCGGAAUAGCACCGAUGGCAAUUUUACGGCCGCGCUACGAUCUAACGAUAUAUAAUGAAUGAAUGGAUGAAUGAAGCCGCAGCUGAAUCGCUCGUAGUAAACUAUGACGAAUCAAAGUGGAGGUAUGUACGCACACGAUCGUCGUAGUGGAGGGAUCUGCAUAGGUGCAGGUGUGCGCGACUGUGUGCACGCGACUUACAAGGGUGAGUAACGGAAGAAGGGGGCGGCACAACGGCCAGAGUAUAAGCAAGAGAGAAUUCGAGGAUUCGAGGUCGAUCCCCACCUCUUUUACGCCAGUUUAGUCUGGUAUAUAGCGUGCAGCGUGUAGCUAUGUAGUCAUACUUAUGAAUACAGAUAUAUCAUGCUACGUGCAGAUAGAGAGAGAGAGAGAGCACACGAGGGAGAAAGAAGGAGAGAAAGAGAAAGAGUGAAAGAGAGACUGACAUUGUGUGCGAGCCCUAUCUCUAUCCGCGCGCGCCUUCUAUAAAGUAUCGAGAGUGCUAAAACGAACGGCUAGUUCGUUCCUGAUUGUUGCUCCUCGUACACCUCACCACCUCACCCGCCUCGCCUCGUGCCACUUGCCACUUGCCCAAGGUGAAAUAACACCGAGACCAAGAGAAACAACCUAACGCCAACCUUUACUCAUGAGCAGAUUUUCGUCGUCGUCGUCGUCGCAUUUGGCCUUGUACUACUGCUGGGUCAUUCUGUGUACAGCGACAAUCACCUCCUCGUCGUCCUCAUCGAACAUCCUAAACAACGCCAACAAUGACGAAUGGGUCGUGCGUCUCGAGGGUGGAUCGGAAGUCGCAUCUCUUCUGGCUUUACGAUCCGGUUACACUCAUGUCGGCCCGGUACUUGGCUUUAAGGAUACUUACCUGUGGAGAGUUAACAACAGCACGAGGUUCCAAAAGCGAGGCUUGCCUUAUGCCAUGACCGCUUUAAAAAGCCGGGCCAGGAUCGUCUGGGCCGAGCAACAAAAAGCUCGCUUGCGCCAGAAGCGAGACUAUUUGGAGCUGUAUAUAUCCGAAGCAACAGCCGCCGUGUCCGCUGCAGCAGAGACCAAUGCGCAUCAAUCAAAAUCGUCACGAGCCUUCAACGAUGAGCUCUGGGAGCAGGAAUGGUAUCUGCUGGACAGGACUAAAAGCGAAAGAGGAGGCAAACCACUGAAGCGGCCAAGACUCGAUCUGAACGUUUUGCCGGUCUAUCGGCUCGGCAUCACGGGCCGAGGAGUCAAGGUAGCCGUUCUCGACGACGGACUCGAAUACACCCACGAGGAUCUGCGCUCCAAUUACGAGCCGUCGAUAAGCUACGACGUGACGGAUCGGGACGAGGACCCGAUACCCCGAUACGAGGAGCCAGCCAACGGCCACGGGACCAGAUGCGCCGGGGAAAUAGCCAUGGAGGCGGACAACGGCAAGUGCGGAGUCGGCGUCGCUUUCGAGGCCCGCAUCGGGGGCAUCAAGAUGUUGGACGGACAGGUGAACGACCGAGUCGAGGCCGAGUCGCUCGGCUACAGGCCGGACCUCGUGGACAUAUACACGGCCUCCUGGGGUCCGCCCGACGACGGCAAGAGCCUCGACGCACCCGGCCGUUUGGCCAGCGAGGCCCUGGAGCGAGGCAUCCUCGAGGGGAGACAGGGCCGCGGCAGCAUCUACGUAUGGGCCUCGGGCAACGGCGGCUCCAAGGCCGACGACUGCAGCUGCGACGGUUACGUGGGUAGCAUCUAUACCCUGGCCAUCGGCUCGGCCAGUCAGGCCGGUACCUUUCCCUGGUACGGCGAGAUAUGCCCGGCGACCCUGGCCACGACCUACAGCAGCGGCGCCUACCAGGACCAGAUGAUUGCAACGACCGAUCUCAAGAACACCUGCACCACUAGUCAUACGGGAACCUCGGCCUCCGCACCUCUGGCUGCCGGUAUUUUGGCUCUGGCCCUUCAAGCCAACAAAAAUCUCACCUGGAGGGACGUACAGCACCUCGUCGUGUAUUCAUCGAAUUAUGCAGCACUUCGGCGAAAUCCAGGCUGGUUCAAGAAUUCCAUCGGUUUCUGGUUCAAUCCGAGGUUUGGCUUCGGAUUGAUGGACGCUCACGCGCUCGUACUGGCAAGCUCCAACUGGACCAAUGUCCCAGUCAAAACUAUCUGCGAAGUUACUUCCGUACCUUUGAUCGCGCGGGAAGUGAGUUACGGCGUGACGCGAAGGGUGCAAUUUGAGGUGGUCCAGUGCGGCGGUGGCGGCGGCGGCCCCGCCAACGAAAUCCACUACCUCGAGCAUGUGCAAGUCGAGACGAACGUCGAAUACACGCUUCGCGGAGCUCUUCAGAUGCAUUUGACGUCACCCACUGGUACGAGCGUUCAACUAUUGGGCAGCAGAAAAAACGACAACUCGAGCGAAGGUUUUGUCAAGUGGAAAUUCAUGUCAGUUGCUACCUGGGGCGAGGAGCCCAAAGGAACUUGGUAUUUGGACAUCAGCGAUACGAUAGGACCUAACACGAACAAAGGUACAGUUGGCGCUUCAAAACUAAUUUUGCAUGGAACAAAAGAGCGACCUGCGUAUUUGGGCAAAAGUUUGCGGGACUAUGACAGCGUGUACGACCACUCGGAUGAUAACUCGAAUUACAUCAUGGACGGAGACGGCACGUUGGAAGAAAGACUCGAGGAGCGAGAUAAUCGCAGCGAGGAAAACGUACAGCUCGAUCAGCCGUUCGUUUUCUGAUUGAAUCAAGAAAAAUUACUUAUUACACCUAUAACGUAUAAUCGGGGGUCGGUGCUAAGACAAAGAAAAAAAAAUUAAAAAUUAUAGCCAUAUUCGAGUAUAUAUAUUUUUGAAUAAUUCAAUUGUGCUAAGAUACUGCUGCGAAAGGUAGUGGCUUGAUUUCCUUCGUUUGAAAACGAGCUGCUUCGUAUGCGCCAACUGUUGCGAGUCGUAGAAAGUAAUGUUAUUUCUGCAGCGCUGCUCGACAGGUAAGGAGUCGAGCGAGCGACUUGAGUUACCAACAAUAACAAGAAGCGACAUGCUCCUCUUUAUCACUGAAAUUCGUAAACCCAUUGUGUAAUUGUAUUUAAGUAAAUAUCCGUGAGAAAAUUUAUAUUUAAUUUAAACCCAUUACGAGAGUAUGAAUCGAGUGAAAGAAAUAAUUAUUUCAGUUGAUCGAAAGAACUGUCUUGUAAAUCUAAUAUUGAAAUAUUUAUUCUCACAUUUUAAAAGUCGAAAAAUAAACCAUUUUUUUUAAUAUAUGUAUAACUGAGGU